GCGUGGCCGGGCCUGAGGGCGGGGCCGCGCUGGGGCCGGAGCGAGGGGCAGGUAAGGGGCAGGCUCCCAGGAUGUUUACCCAGAGCUCCCGAAACUCUGUGAGCCCCGUGCUGCUGCUGGUGCUGCUGAGCUGUGUCCUGUGUCCCCCAGCACAGGCCAGCAAGAGCUCUGAGGACAUUCGCUGCAAGUGCAUCUGCCCCCCGUACCGGAACAUCAGCGGGCACAUCUACAACAAGAAUGUGUCCCAGAAGGACUGCAACUGUCUGCACGUGGUGGAGCCCAUGCCAGUGCCCGGGAAUGACGUGGAGGCCUAUUGCCUGCUCUGUGAGUGCAAGUACGAGGAGCGCAGCACCACCACCAUCAAGGUGAUCAUCAUCAUCUACCUGUCGGUGGUGGGGGCCCUGCUGCUCUACAUGGCGUUCCUGGUGCUCGUGGACCCCCUGAUCCGCAAGCCAGACCCCUACACCCAGCCCCUGCACAAUGAGGAGGACAGCGAGGUGAGGGGGCAGGGGGAUAGGGAAACAGUGACCCGCUUGUCUCCUCUGAUCCACCGAGGGACCAGCAUUGCUGCUUUGGGGACACUUACACAGGACGCUCACUCCCUGGCCGCAGUGCCCAGCCUGGCUGGCGCCAGGGCCAACACAGUGCUGGAGCGUGUGGAGGGGGCACAGCAGCGCUGGAAGCGGCAGGUGCAGGAGCAGAGGAAGACGGUGUUCGACCGGCACAAGAUGCUGAGCUAGGCCCUGCCGGGCCCUGCCGCAUCAGGACACCCCGGCGUUGGAAUGGAACCUCCAGCCCUCCCUGAUUCAUCGUCUCCAGAGGGAGCAGCAGCCCCGAAGUCUUCUCCGGCCGUGUCCCCUGCCCUUCCCCUGCCCAGCCACGCUGGCCCCUGGGCCCUGGCUGCCACGUGGAGCUCAGCUGAACAUGGGACUCCAUCAGCCCACCCCAGCAGGGACAGGGGCUGGGAGCAGAGCACUGCGAGCUGGCUGAGUCCUCCUGGGAUAAAAAUAGUGGGAGAAUUUUGAUGUGGGAUAAAUUAUGUGAUGUUUCUCCAGGAUGCAGCAGCCACCUCCUCCUCCUCUAGUGUGCACUGAUGGUCCUUGGGCAUUGUGGUGCUGAGCCACACAGGAACAGCACAGGAACAAAGGGGAGGGAGUUUCUGCCAGUGCGCACUGCUGCUUCUGCUUAUCCUGAUGUAAAUGGAGAGAUUUCCAUACCUCUGGACUCUGUCCAGGUUUACACCAGCAUAACUGAGACUGCAGCUUGCUUCUGGGCAUGUGAAUAUCACAAAACCUGUUAGUACCUACAUCAGUAAGAGUCCAACAGGUAAAAAGCUGAUUUGCGUUUUUAUCUGUUGGAGCUUUACCAUUAGAUAAAAAUUUCCUGGGGUGAAACCUCUUGAUUUGUACCCACACGGGUGACUCUUGGUGUUCUCCCACAGUGGGCAGCAGCAUUUGUGUCCAAGAGAACUGGGGCAAAGGCUGUCGUGGAGCACUGGAAACACAUGUCAGGGCCCUGGGAAGUGGGCACUUGUGCCACUCGGAACACUCCAAGAGCUCUGGCAGGACUCGGGCUGUGUGGAGGAAGCUGCAGUGGUUCUGCUGUGUGUAUUGAUCCCACUGAGAACAUUUGGAGUUUAUGGUGUAGCACCUCCAUAUUAAAUGCAAAGAUCUACUA